UUCCCCCAGGUAGGAAGCAGCCAAGCUUUAAAUGUUAGGACAUAGAGACACUGGAGUGCAGCCAGUUUUUAGGAUUUGUUUUGCGUCUCCUUGUGGGGAGAAAAAGUGGGGCAUAAAUAAACAAAUAAUAAAAUAAUAGGCAAUUUUUAUCGUGUCAGAAGUGACUUGAGAACAUACUGAAAGUCGCUUCUGGUGUGAAAGAAUUGGCCAUCUACAGAGACGUUGCCCAGGGAUGCCUGGAUAUGUUACCAUCCUGCUGGGAGGCUUCUCUCAUGUCCACGCAAGCUAGAGCUGACAGAUGGGAGCUCACCCCGUCUCGCAGAUUCGAACCAACAACCUUCAGGUCAGCAAUCCAGUUUGCAGUUUUCAAGGGCUGGUGCCUCACCAAACUACAACUCCCACGGUUCCAUAUUGUUGACCCAUGGCAGUAAAAGUGGUGUCAAGCAGCAUUAAUUCUACGGCGUAGAUGCCCCGCAAAAAUGUGUCAGUCUCAAGGAAAGAAAACAGCCGAUGUGAUGGCAGGAAUAAGAACGAAUACAAUUUUCUGAAUGUUAGGUCCAGGAACAUGGGGAUUUUAGUGAAGUUGUCCACUUCACUACAAUCAGAGGGAAACACCAGUUACCUCACUGUGUGGGUGGUUUGUUCAAAACAUAUACAAAACAACCAAGGAAAGUAAUCUUUCAAGAUCACACUUUGGAGCUGUCUGGUGUGAGUUACUGGCCAGAUGCUGAAGGGAGAGAGGACUUUCCUGCCUUCAGCCGCAGGAGGAAAGCGUCUGCAAGGUGUGAAGAGAGGUGGGAGCAGCAAAAGGAAAGUGGGCAGAGGUUGUGGCUGGUGAAGUCACGGCACAUGCUGCUUUCUGGCCCCUUGAAAAGGAGGAAGCCCCAGCUGCACCCGACCCUGGGGUUCAGAAGCAAAGAGAAAGUGGCCCGUGUUUCUCCCAGGGGCUGCCUUUGAUGCAAGAGACCGACACGCACAACACCAUGCCCUUCGCUGCCAUGCUCUCCGUGUUGGCUUUGGUGUUGCCACUGCAAGGAUGGACGGAUCACAUAUCUUUUCUUUUGUCAGGGGCUUUGCAAGAGACCCUCAAGGAAACUGUAACAGUCAUAGAGGGAGAUACUCUAGACCUGGACUGUAGAGUUGCUGCUACUCCCUCCUGGCAUCACAGACCGACUCUGGAAUGGAAAAACCCAAAGGGCUAUGUGAUUUUUUUAAACAAAUACCGAGGUCUAAGAGACCAGAGGUAUAAACUUACCCAUUAUUCAGAGGAUGCUCUAUCCAUUGCUCUGUCCAAUGUAACAAUGCAAGACGAAGGGCUCUACACAUGUUUCUACUACAGUGAUAUAAUCCAAAGAAAGCAAGUGAAUGUCAUUGUCUUAGCUGCUCCUUCUCAACCUCUUUUGGAAGCAUUAAGAACCAGGAGUCACAAGGAAGAAGCCAAGAUCGUAUUGAAAUGCUCCACCUGGGGAAGUAAACCUCCUCCUCAGGUUACAUGGAUGCUGGACAACGGGGUGGAACUCUUUGGUGACUCUGAACACCAACGGGAUGCCAAGAAAUACAAUUCAACCACCAUCCUCACAGUCCGUAAAUACACCCAGAUGUCUUCCUUUACUUGCAUUAUUCACCAUGAAGCACUUAGAGGAGGAAACUUAACAGCAACAUUAUACCUCAAACCUUUCAAAUCUAGUACAGACCUCGCUCCAAAUGCCACUGAAUUCAGUACAGUAACCCUUAGGAAUUCUCCGAAUUACACAGCAUCAGACAAAAUAUUCAAUGCCACAGAAGGGAACCUUACAAUGCCAACACUGUCCACAAUUACAGAAGAAUCUACCUUGAAUUUUAAUUCCACCAUCAGUAAUGGAACUCUCAAAAUAUUAAAUGCAACGGAGGGAAAGUUUCCUGCGUGGACACCACCCACAAGUCUUGAUUCAGCAACGGUGAAUUCCGAGACAACAAAUGGAGCAAACCUCACUUACGAAAGCAUCGUGGGAAAGAAGCCAAGCGUUUUGCUCCCGGCCCUUGUGACCAUGCUGCUUGUUGUUCUGUCUAUCAUAGUCCUUCUGUUUGUCGUGAAGCUAUGGAAAGCCCACAGAGAAUGGAAGAAAGGAAAUGAUGUUUCAGAACAGACCCUGGAAAGUAACAGAUCAAGACCAAAUGAAGAUAGCAAAGGACAGGAUAAAAAUUGGAAAGUUGUCCCUUGGAAGACGAGUAAGAAGUAUGUCAUCCGAGGCUCCUGCAUGAGGGCAUCAAAGAAUUCAGAAGGAAGUCAAGAGUCGUCUGUCUUUGAGAAACACCUGCCUUACCUUAUUAGAGAAACCGAUCUCUAACCUUCCAUUUAUCUCCAAUACCGGACAAUAUACACAAUGAACAUCUCAUAUUUUUAU